AACGCUAUCAGUAAUGAUCGCGCACUACUUUAUGUAGCGGAAGAAUAUACACGGCUGGCGGUUAAGCGUCUAGCGUUCAUUCAUAAUCGGCGGAAGUGUAUAUUACUACACCAUUCAUAAGAACGUUGAAAUAUCGAUACAUGAAUUAGUUGUAGCGUAUGUACACACAGAGUGAACACAGUUUGUUAUUAGGUAGACUGAAAGAUAAACGAAAGAAAAUAAGAUUCAUCAGGGAUACUGAAAGUAUAAUGCGACAGGUUAUUCAGCACUGUGAACUCAUAUCUGUGGAUAUGUCAACGGUUGAGGAGAAUUUAGCAGUUGGAAUAAGUGUAGAAACGGCAGUUGAGAGUUUAAAGUCGGACGCGGCGACCACUCUCAUUCUUGAUUGUCGGCCAUUCAUUGCUUACAACGAAAACCAUAUCUUAGAUGCGUCUAAUGUGUACUGCCCUCCUAUAUUAAAACGACGGUCGAAUGGUUUUGUUAGCCUUGAAAACAUUGUUACAUGCGAACGUAAACGAAAGUUGCUGAAUGAAGACCAUUACAGAAGUGUUAUAGUGUAUGAUGCCGACACAGCCGAGAUUGCGCAGUCGGCAAAAGACUCGAACUUGUACGCGGUUCUCAAAAGUUUGCGACAACAGGUGGAUUUGGAACAAGUGAACUUUAUUGUCGGUGGGUUUAAUGCGUUUAAGGCAGAUUAUCCGCAGUUUUGCGUAGGCCAAAAUGGAAAUCCACCACUACUUACCUUGGCACCGCCCCCAAAAUACACAUCAUGCAAGGGCGGACCAGUCGAGAUAUUACCAGGUCUCUAUCUCGGGGAUUCUUUACAUUCUGCUCAACAGGACACACUCAGGGAGCUCGGAAUCACAAGCCUUCUUAAUGUUUCCACCACAUGCAAAAACCUGUUUGAAAAAGACUUUGACUACAUGAACAUUCCCGUUAAUGACAACGAUUCCGCGAACAUCUCAUGUUGGUUCGACGAAGCUAUUCAUUUUAUAGACAAUGCCCGAGACAAAGAUGGCAAAGUUCUCGUGCACUGCCAAGCUGGGGUUAGUCGGUCUGCGACUGUCUGCAUCGCUUAUAUCAUGUACAAAAACAACAUGCAACUGGAAGAAGCGUUUGAUCACGUGCGUUCAAGACGCGGCGUCAUUUCACCGAAUCUGAAUUUUAUGCAACAACUGAAAGAAUAUGAAAAAGACAUAUUUGGAUCAAAAACAUACGACAUGCCAGAUUCGGUAUCUUCUAUUUCUAACUCAUUAGCAUCUGUGGACUUUGACCUGAGUUGCUCAUCAACUUCAGUUUCCGAUUUCUCAGCGUCCAGUGGUGCGUUUGAUUUCACAUUUGCAUCUCCAGCCGUACCGCCAUUAUCACCAAGAGAGCUCGUGUCGCCAAGCUAAAGACGAUGUUGAUUGUAAUUUUAGUUCGGUAAACUUAAAAAAUAACGGAAUUAUGUUCCGUUUGGGUGCUACACAGUCGAUUUGUUCGAUUAGAAAUGAAGGAGGAGUUGAAAGCUUUGGUUAUAAAGAAGCUAGUUUUUUUUCAAUUAAAGGUGCUAUUUAUAAUUGAAGAACAGUGGACAUCUUUGGGAACUUGUUGCCAAAGAACGAUAAUAAACUGUGAUAUUUACACAUGCGGACGAAAUUUAAGUUAUGCAUAAUAAGGUGUUUUUGAAACUAAACAACCUUUUUCAGUUAGACAGCUUUCGUUCACUGUCUACGCAAUGUAUAUAGUUUGUUCAUAUUUUUGUACAUAUGUUAUUUCAAUAAUUACUUCGUGUUUGUUUUUAAUCAUCUUCGAACAAAGGAUUUUUCUAUCUGACACUAAAAACUACAUUGACACAAGAUUUACCUACGGUAAACUUAUUUGACAUCCCUCAAACACAUAAAAUGUUUUAAUUUUUUUGUGUUGUGAAAAAUAUCUCAGGAACCAAAGAGAAUUAUAUACAUGUAAAUGUAUUCAGCAUAAUAUUUUGUAACCAUAAUAUUGUACAUCUCACUUAACAUACCUAGAAAAUUGUACAUUUUCAAACAACAAUGUGCCUUAAUAACAACAGAAUAUCCUUCAUAUGCUUGAUUUUCUUCAUAAUUCCCAUUUUGGAUAAACAAUGUAAAGUAAACGACUGUUAUAUGUAUAUUAUAACAUACUUUUGAAUGUUAAAAAUUGAGAACACCUCGCUACUAUAUGUUGAUUCAAUUUAGUACUGAGUAAAAUGUAUAGAAAAUGCAAUAGUUUCUUAAGAUGAUAUUUGUUCAGAGUAAUUUAGAUUAAGAACAUACAGGGUAAUACUGAUAUAUGAUAAUUAUUUUGUUUUGUUCAAAUAUAUAAAUGAAUGAAUAAAUGAUGUUACAAAAUUAAA